UGCGUCUAGCCCAUAACAGACUCUUGCAGUCACGUGAUUCAUUCAAAGCAGAAAAUCGACAACGAUGGCCGCAAGUAAGGUGAGGAUUCUGCGUCUCUUCAAGGAUUUAAUGCGAGAGGGCCAGAAGUUUGAUGGUUACAACUUUCGGAAUUAUGCUGCAAGACGGACGAGAGACGCGUUCAAAGAGAACAAGCAGCUCACUGAUCAGUCUGUCAUUGAGAAAGAAAUCAAGUUUGGACAACAACAGCUUGAUUUGAUCAAGAGACAGGCGAUGAUCAGCCGCAUGUUCAAGACUGAGAAAUUGGUGAUUGAGAAGCCAGGCGAGGUGCUGUCAUGAGAUUUACCGCAACUUACAUUACUUAUGUGUGAAUAGCGAGAAAUUGUGCUCGAGGGUCAGCAAAGAGCACGCACAGCAGACUAAGCCUAUUGUAUUAUAUGUUGUGAAAGUGUGUGAAUAGCAAAUUGUAACUUCUAUUGUAUUAAAUUGCAUCAAUAAAAGCCACGCUUGUGUUUACGUACAAACAUGUGACGGAUCCUGGGCCUCAGA